AUGCAAAGUGAGAUUGAGUUGCUGCGAAUCACAGGAACGUGCGAGAGUCAAAAUUAUCAUUCCAUUCAGCCUAAUGGUCGACUGUACGAGAGCUUCAGUGUAUUCUGCCCGUGCGACCGCCUUGAGUGUCUACAAUUGGUCGAGGAGGAAGAUGUCCUCAUCGACUGGAGUCAGCCCUUGUACCUCAAUUUCACGCACAGCCUCAUCAUGGACCAUCUGGAGAAGUUCUACACGUCCUUGGGGGGGACGAUGGAGAAGACGUGUGGAGACAUAUAUGUGUGCUCCAACCCACCUGAACCUCUGGCAUUGGAAGAGUUGAAUUCCGAAGAAGCUGAGGUUCAGCAGCUCAAACCAGAGCACGCUAAGGCCAUCCACGAUCUGUAUCCUGCCAAUGACAUGGAAUGUGUCGAAAUAUUCGAGAAGCUUAUCCACGUCUUGCCGGCUUAUGGCAUUUUCGCAUCGGGCGAGCUCGCCGCUUGGAUGGUGCAGUCUUACUAUGGAGCCAUGUUCUCCAUGCAGACGAAGCCGGAAUUCCGCCGCAAGGGGUACGGCAUCCACUUGGCGCAGACCCUCACGCGAGUGGUCAUUGCCCGGGGAUACAUCCCCUUCGUCGUCAUCCGGCCCGAGAACGACGCUUCGCAGAGUCUCUACACGAAGCUGGGUUUCAAGAAGCACUAUCAAACUGUUCGCGCCAUCUUGCGGCCCCAGGGCUACCAAGACCAGCCACCCGAAGACGCGGCUGCGCCGGAGCCGGAAUCUGCACCCGAGCCUGAACCAAAAAUCGAGGCUGCGGACCAAUGAACGGACACGGUGCGCACUGACGUGAACCUGUCAACAUCGCCAAGCCCCUCCACCUUCUCUCUCGCUUCCACCACUGCAUAUAUUUAAAUAAAGAAAAAAAUAGAUAGUCACUAAUAUCGUUUCACGUCAUAUCAUGGGUCGCAGAAAGGCAACGACCAGACGCUGUCUAAGGUUUGCUCUGGUAAUUUUCAUAACUUCGACAACCGCAGUUCUACUGCUAUUCUGUGAUAACCCCUUUGUAAAAAUAUCGCGUACGUACGUUCCAGUUAUGCUUAGCGAGAACUAUAAAUUAAUGCAACCUUGUUUAAAAUCCUCCAAAGCUACUGGGAUGGCAAAUAUGUAGUUAAAAUCUUGUGCAAAAUUAUAGUUUAGUAGAAGAAGAAAUGUUGGGAACAAUGCAACUUGCUUAAUCUUCCUGGGAAUUGAUCUUUGUGGAUCUAUUUUUUAUUCAGUGCACAUGUUAUGCUUCUAGGCAUAAAAGAAAUUACCAGAGUGAACCAAGAAUUAAGUGCUAAAGAUAUCAUACAGUAAAACCCAGGUUGGAAAGAUGUUAACUAGAAAAUUGCCAGGAGAUACGGGAAUGAGGGAAGCUAAUUUCAGGCGUUAGUCAGCCUUCUCCUUUCUGCUCCUGGAGAAAAUUGGAACACAAUUUUUACAUUUCAUAUGUGUUUGUAUUAUAUCAAAUAUUAGACACAUUUUUUACAAAAUUUAUAAAUGCCACAAAACUGUUUAUGUAUACACCAAUAUUUUGAAUGUUAUUUGUUAAAUGAACAGUAUUAUGUUAUAUUCAUAGGAAUAAAUGUGCUAGUGAUAUUUUUUUUAUAUUGUCCUGUGAUAUAAUACACUCAAUCUGAGCCAUUAAUUUAUGCCUGUUUCUGUUGUAUAUAUGUUACUGAGAACAAAUUGUCUUGAAUUGGCAUAAUUAAAUAAGAAGUGUAUUGCAGACUCUGUAGUGGCUCAUGACUAAGGUACUUGGCUGUGACGGGACUCAGUGACCCUGGGUUGUACUGUCAGCACCCAACACUCAUUCUUGUGUACUCACGUCACUCGUUUCAAGCAGUAAAUUAAGAAACCCUACUUAAAAAUCUACUUUAACAUUUCUAUAAAGCCUAGCAGUUACCAAUGCACAGGAGCUAACAUGAAGUAAAUGCACUGCAUAACUUCAUGGUGGUUCCAACCCACGCAGGUGAAUAUAUUUAUUACACUUCCUUUUAGAGCCUUCCAUUUUAAAUAUCAUGCUCUCUUAGAGAAAACUGUUACUGCUGAGCUGGAUCAGGGGCAGAACAAUCAUUAGCAAAGUAAUGCAUUGCAUAAUGCAUAUUCGUUAUAUUUAUAUUCUCCCUGGACCAUUUCAUAAUAUGGAAAGUCAAAUGUUAUUUUGGAUAAUGCUUCACACCAAGCCAUUGAUCUAAUGACAAAGGCAUUGCGUAGUAAUAUUUUGGCUCUUAACGUUAACAUUUGAACAAAACUAAAUGAUCUGGCAUUCCUUUAAAUAAUAUGUGAAUAAUUCUCAUUGUCCAAAUGGUAAAUUUUUAUUCAUACUUGUUAAUAUUUUUAACUAUAUAAUUCUGAAAUACUCCAAGAAUAUGGAUGACACCUGCAAUAUAUUUUGGGGAAUUCAGAGGAUUCUAUAAAAUAAAAAAUUCAUAACUGAAAGAAUUAGAAUGAAAUAUCUUUUCUAGUAAUGAAACUGUUAAUAAAAAUAUUAAACAAAAGAUAAGAAAAAGGUUUCACUGAAUUUUCAGUACUGUGGAUGCUAUGAUUUGAAAAAUGUAGGCAAUGGCUGAGAUAUAAAAGGAUACAAAACUCCAAAACUCUAAAGUUUCAAAAUCAAAUUGAUUCCACAUCAUAUACAAGAUACUUGUAACAGACGUGAUUCAGAAUAUAUCAAAUUCCCUUUCGGUUGUGUCAAUCUUCCUCUGGAUCUUGUAAUACAGCUUGUGACAUCUGUAUCUGGUAAAAUUUUAUCACUUUCGUUCACAUUGAAAUUCUAAUCCACACAGUGACACAACUGAGUGCAAAUAUUGCAUCACAGAACACAAACCAUGCCAGAAUCACUACAUUCUCUUUCUAUUCUCAUCUACUGUUCCAUAUUAUACUUGUUCUCCAGCCCUUCAAGCGGUAGUGCUUGCGCAGAGAGGUACAAGGUGAAGCAGGAGUGAGUUGUGAAUAGACAAGUGAAGAGAAGUUUAGCUUAUUAUAUGAUUCAAAUUGUGUGACUGAGAACUUGCUUGGAGUGAGUUGAAAGAAUAAUUUUAAUUAAUUCUCACCAUUCCAAAAGGCAUUAGGCCUAUUCUAGCCUGCCUGCUGCACAAGUUGCACAGCAGUGGCAGCUGAGUGUCACAGGGACAGAAAGGACAAGGACCUGUAAAUUGUGCGAGUUACUUAAGAUUCUACGUCUUGGUUGUAUUAUUUCUAUUAAAAAUGAUAAAUCAUAUCCAAAAUUAAAGGAAUAAUAUGAUAACUAAAAUUAACGUCUCAGUUGUGUUUGAUAACAACACACUUGCAACCACUUUCUUUCUAAAUAUCUAUGACAAGUAAUAUUUCAAUAACUUUGUUGGUUUUUUAAAAAUAUUUUGCUAGGUCCUAUUACAGCAGUAACAUAACCAAGAUGUAUCAUCAGUAAGUAAAUACUGUAUGAUUUUGUGCAGCAUGUUUCAGAUCUAAAAGUUGUCACCUUUUUUUUUUGCAAAGGAAGGUGUCACUCAGGUCCUCUUAUUGUUCCACAUUGCACUUCUUCAUUGCAGUUAGUUUGUAAAGUCACAUGCUAAUUUUAGUACAUACAUACUAUAUGGUAUUGAGAACUAGAGCUGUGAUCACCUGUUUGACAUUGAUUAACACAUCAAACUGUUCAGACUCAUUACUUUAAGUUUCUGUCUAUAAGCAGAAUAUCAUAUAGUUGUUUGCAAUGAAGUGUGAUGUGUGAUUCAAUUUGAACAUCUGCGAUUAAGGAAACAGAUUUUAUUGUUGGAAGAAAUGACACUGCCUUGUCACUAUGGAAGCUAAUAAAUGCCUUGACCAUUGUUUCAAAAAAUGUUAAUUAAAAAGAUACCU